AAAUAUACAAUUGGCAAAUAUUGUGUAAGAACAAGAAAAUAGGAACUAUAUAGUAUUAUAGAAAAUUUUAUGCCAAGUUACUGUGAAAUAAUAUGAAUAUUUUUUAGUUGUAAUUGACACAUUACUAUAUCAACAGUUGAUUUUAAUAAUACUAUGGCCAAUCAGUACAAAGGAUGUUGUGUUUCUAUAGAUUGUAUAGACGGUUCUGUCGUUCAAGGGGAAGUGAGUGGUAUGACAGAUGACAAUGAAACUUUAAUUUUGAAAAGACCAUUUAAAAAUGGAAUACCGUUUAAAGAACCAGAAAUUCAAAUCAAAGCAACAAUGAUUGCUAACCUCAAGAUAAUUAAAGCACAUAUAGAAAUGGAUCGAGAAUUCGAUAGUCAAUUAGUUAUUGACGAAAAGAAGAGUGUGUCAAUGAAACAAAAUAAUAAACAGAAAAUUAAAUCAAAAAAUAUUCCUAAUACUGUUUCUGAUCAAUCAUCACAAUAUUUCACUAAUCAUAAAGAACGUAAUGAUGCUUGUUUUGGAGUUUCACUUGAUAAUAUUGUUAAAGAAGACUUUGAUUUUGAAAAAAAUUUGGCUCUAUUCAACAAAAAAGCUUUUUAUAAUAAAUUACAUAAAAAACCUGAUCUUGUUCCUCAAGAAAAAAUUUCUAAUAAUAAGUAUAAACACAAUGAAAAUGUCUUGCAUUCUACUCCAGUCAAGUUUAGACAAGUAACAGUUCCUUCACCUGCUGUCAACGAGUAUAUCACUGAUGAUGGAUUAGUUGUACCUAGCAUUACUUCAGAAUUACGAUGGAAAUUAUUUAACCUAGUAGAAGAAAAUGGCUUGACUUCAGGUAGACAAAAUGAAAUUAUUGGACGUGCUGCUACUGAAAUGGUUUUACAACUUUUAGGAGGAAGUUACCGAUUCAACCCACGAAAUGAACAUCAGUGGCCUAGAGUUGUAGUUUUGUGUGGACCAAAUCGUUCUGGUGCAAUGGGAGUAAACUGUGCUAGACAACUAAGUAGUUAUGGUGUACACACUGUUGUUGUUCUUUCUGAACCUGGAUUAUAUACACCACAACUAGCUAAUGAAAUGUCUCUUUAUCAGUUUACAACAGGAAGAUUAAUUACUAGUGCAGCAGAAUUGCAUGGUUUAUUAGAUCCAGAUUUUGUAGUAGUAGCUUUGGCUGAUGAACAAACUGAUACUAUAUCUCAUAAUAUUGUUAACUGGGCAAAAUCUGUUCGAGCUCCUCUAAUGGCUAUUGACCCUCCUUGUGAUGGAACACCAUCUAUCAGUGUUAAAUACUCAUUAGUUCCCUCAUUACCAUUAUCUUAUAGUGAAUCAAAUGGUAAAAUAUACCUUUGUAAUAUGGCUAUACCUACUCAAGUAUUUCAUUUAGCUGGAAUCCAAUACAAAUCUCCUUUUGGUUCAAAAUCUGUAAUACCUUUGCAUAUUAAUUAGUGUAGUGAUUUAUAAGUAUAAAUAUAAUUUUUUCCUGACGACUCCUAUCAGAUGAUUUUAAGUUAAAGUCAUAUUUUUUGUAUCCAUUUUAUAGAUAGUGAAUUUAUAUUAUAAAUCAAUAUUUGAAUGUAUAUAAACCAUGUUAUAUUUUAUUUUUUUACUUGGCUUGAAAUGCAUGUUAUUGA